GGCAACUUUCCUGCUGGAGUGCUGGUCUCUCCUUAGCUCACUGGACCCCCACAACCGUCUCAGCCUAGGACCCGGACCAGCAGCAGAACCAUGCCCUCCGACUUCCUUACGCCGUUUCUGGAGCUGGACGAGGAGAUCUGCAAGGGCUUCCGCAGACUGGACAGGACCGAUGCUCCGUCCUGCAACCUGCAGCAGCAAAGAGUUCUGGGCUUCCAACGCAGGCACUCUCUCUGCCCGGUCACGCUUCCCAACUCCAAGUACAACAGCAGCUCAGACGCCAGCGAGUCAGCUGGCUGGGGCCACAGCGGCACCACCAGCCCUCAGUGGCGGCGGGACACUGAGCUGCCUCGCUCAUCCCUCAGUCACAUCCCAUUCAGGAUGGACCGAUCUGUCAGCAUGAUCGAGGGCGGCGUCCUGGCUGGCCGGGACGACAAGCUUCCGACGGCGCUCAUGCCAGCACCCCCACCAGGCUUUUCCUUCAGCAACUCAUCCCUGUCCAUCAGCACGCCCAGAACCCCAGUGCUGUCCCCACACAUUUCCACACGGUACAAGACCGAACUCUGCCGCACGUUUGAAGAGAGCGGUACCUGCAAAUAUGACGCCAAGUGCCAGUUUGCCCACGGCAUGGACGAACUGCGCGGCCUCAGUAGGCACCCCAAGUACAAGACAGAGCCUUGCCGCACUUUCCACACCAUCGGCUUCUGUCCGUAUGGGGCCCGCUGCCAUUUCAUCCACAAUGCCGAGGAGAUGCUGAGCGCCGAACAGCCCAAACCCAAAUCCAAGCCUCCUCUCCUGCGCCACAGUGUCAGCUUCGCCGGCUUCUCAAACUCCAUGCAGACUUUCCAGCCGGUUGAGGAGCCCUCCUCUCUGCUCUUUACCAGGGCCACCUCGGUUUCCCCUCCACCGUCGUCCACAGGUAGCCCGGAGUUGCUGUCCCCCUUCUUCCCCGAGCCUGGCCCACUGAAGCACUACCCUUUCACUGCCGUCCCUGACCUGACCAGUGACAGCACAGACGCUGCGCUCCGAUUCUACGCCCUCAGUGACACCACAAAUAUCCAGAUGUUUAACCUCUCCCAGAAGCUGCCCGCAAUUGAGACAAGCCUCCAGCGCUGCUCCUCUGCCGACUCCCUCUCCGAGGAAGGCUACACAUCCUCCUGCUCUCUGAGCUCAUCGUCCAGCGGUGCAGAGUCACCAAGCUUAGAGGGUAGACGUCUGCCCAUCUUUAGCCGCCUGUCCAUCUCAGACGAAUAGACGGGUUGAAUUCGACUUGAUGACCUAACGUUGCAGCUCUGCCUGAGCCAACCCGACUCACAUGGGCCCCAAUCGUUACCUUCAUUCAGCCGAAAAUCUUUGUGCAUAUUGCAUUUUCAUCGAUCCAAGCAGUUGUAGCGCUGCUCAGUGUUUGUCCAGUUUUAGCUGACUUUUUUAUUUGCUUAUUUGAAGUGUGCCGCUGUUACUGCUGUAUACUGUUGUAUACCCUUGUUAACAAACUAUUGCCUUAUCUAAGUAGGACGUUCUGGUUAAGAACUUCCUGUUUUUCCACUUUAAACCUGGCAUCAACGUCUGACCACCGACUUGAACUUCCUGCUCGUCUUCACCUCGCAGCACUUGUGUAGUUGUACAUUGGGUGUCAGGCUGCAACUGCCCUCUUGAGCGUUGAGCGUCGAAGCAGCUUCCACUUACUUACUGGCAGACAAUGGAAGCUGUUUUAAUAGCCAGUUUUCAGUGAGCAGUCUCAGACAGUCUCGGGGUGUUUAAAGAGGGCAACAGUUACUGUCACCAACCAACACAUUGUUGGAUUCAUUGGUCACAUGGCCUCCUGAUUGUAUGUCAGAACUGUCUGGCAGUUAGAUAUAGCACACAAAUAGACGACUCACUCGAGUUACCAAAGUUACCCCUCCCAUAACUUGCUAGUAAUGCUAACCCCUAGACUAGCCUUGCAUCAACAGUGUUAUUAAUAGUUUUUUUUAGUUUUAUUAUUUAUUGCUUUUAAUGUUUGUGUCACAAGUCCUGCUUUACCUCCGCUUAUCCACCUGCUUGGUUCACGCCAUCCAGAAGCUUUAAGUAGGCUCGUGGAGAGGAGAGACGCGAGCAGAGUAACAAAACAUUUUGGCAUUCCACGUGCAUGUUGCCUUACUGGCUCAAAGGCCAGGCAGAAUCAGGGCUGGCUCUCUUCUCCGCGACUCCUCUGUCUGUCUGGUCACAGUAAGCUUGUUUAAAUAAGGUUGUGCAAGAGCUGGCAUUAAUGAGUUCAUGUCAAGAGUCAACUGAUUUUUCUUUUUUGUAAAGUCAUAUGCUCAAACGUUUUUUCUAUCAGAGCUGCCUCCAGGACAAUGUGUAGCACGUUAGCUUGCGAGCUAGCUCUUGGCGGCGGGAAAAAUCACUGGCAACCUGUCGUAUCCAGAAACGUGCAUGACGACAAGCUGUUGAAAAAAAUGUUAACUUAAAUUUCUAUUUAUUUUGCUUUUGAAAACAUAUAUAUUGUGAUGUUGUCGUUUGGGUAAUGUAAUUUAUGCGCAUC